UAUCAGAUCACAUUGAACUCGGCACGGCUGCCGCGAGACGCCGACUGAGGCUUCACCGGCGAGGAAAAUGAACCAUAUCGCUUUUAUUGAAAACACGACGAGAUCUCUCUAAGAACCCUAUAAAUGGAGAUGGCAUACUUCAAGAACAACUUCUGGGGGGAGAAGAAUGCGGGCUUUGACGUGCUCUACCACAACAUGAAGCACGGGCAGAUCGCCACCAAGGAGCUGGCGGAGUUCGUGAGGGAGAGGGCUGCAGUUGAGGAGACCUACUCCAAAUCCAUGAGCAAACUGGCCAAGAUGGCCAGCAAUGGAAGCCCGCUUGGCACAUUUGCUCCCAUGUGGGAUGUGUUCCGGGUGUCUUCUGAUAAGUUGGCUCUGUGCCACCUCGAGCUGAUGAGGAAGAUGAAUGACCUCAUCCGUGACAUCAACAAGUACGGCGACGAACAGGUCAAAGUUCACCGAAAGACAAAGGAGGAGGUGAUGGGCACUCUGGAGGCUGUCCAAGCUCUGCAGGUGCAGAACGGACAGUUACAAAAGGCCAGAGAGGGCUACCACACAAAGUGUACGGACCUGGAACGUCUACGAAAGGAAGGAGCCCCCCAGAAGGAGCUGGAGAAGGCUGAGCUGAAGUCUAAGAAGGCAGCAGAGUCGUUUGCAGCAUCAAUAGAGAAGUUUAACCGAGCUGGAGGAGAUUUUGAGCAGAAGAUGAGUGAGUCUGCACAGAAGUUCCAGGACAUUGAAGAGGCUCACUUACGGCAGAUGAAGCAGCUGAUCAAAGGCUACUCACACUCUAUCGAGGACACACACGUGCAGGUGGGACAGGUUCAUGAGGAAUUCAAGCAGAACGUGGAGAACAUUGGCAUUGGGAGCUUAAUUCAGAAGUUCACAGAGCAGAAGGGCACGGGCAAAGACCGGCCAGGUCCUGUGGGAUUUGAGGAAUACCUGUCUUCUCAGUUGCCUGACAAUAACAAGAAAAGCCGCGCUAAAGCCUUCAGAAUACCCGGCCUGGGCAAGAGGGACAAAGAACCGGACUCCACGGAUUCUGCACUGACGGAUGCACCAAAUUCACCCCUGGAGGUGGACGAUGAGGGAUUUGUGAUCCGUGCUGAUGUCAAUCAAAAUGGCUGUGCGGAGGAGAAGGAGACCAAUUUUUACUCCAGUGACUCGGACUUUGAUGACGAGGAGCCGAAGAAGUUCCACAUUCAGAUCCGCCCCGUGGCCAGCAGUAACCGUAGCAACUCAGCAGCCAAUGAGCUGGAGCUGAAGGCCACCGUGGGGGCGCUGACCCUACCGCCCAACCAAGGGGUGUCAAUGAAGAGGCAUCUGUCCAGGAAUUCCAGUACAGCAUGCCGGUCUGAGGGGGAGGGAGAUGGCGCCCCCCACAGGGAAGGAGAACAGGAGGGUCUGCGCAGGUCCACCUCCAGCCCAGACCACAGCAGGCUGAGCUCCACAGCUUCUGGUUCCGACUGUCUGUUCGGUCCUCCUCUAGAAUCGGCCUUCAAAUCCCACAGCUUUGCUGGACGCGAGCAGCUCCAGAGCACCUUCCCUUCCUCCGAAUACGCUGCUUUUUCUUCUGAUUCAUCUUCUCCUGAGAACGUGGAGGAUUCUGGCUUGGAUUCGCCUUCCCAUCAGCCCCUGGGAGCUUCUCCAGAACCCACAGGCUGGGCAGCCUGGCCUUCAGCACCUCAACCUAAAGACUCUAUGACCUUAGGACGACCUUCUGACCCGUUUCUCGCCGCGUUCCGCGACCCGUCCCCUGGACGCUCACCGCUGCCGAUGGAAAACCCUGCUAGCGCCCCUGCGUUUACGUUUCCUGCGUUUUCCCGCAGCCUGGCAGCCCCAGAAAUGGAGCCUACUGUGUGGAGUUGUAAGCACAUCCCACCUGAGGACCCCUUUUUGGCAGCAUUUGAGCGCCCAACGUCCCAGGACACCAGAAAUCCUCCCGAAACUGCCUGGGCACCCCCGCCUCCCCGGCCCUCGCGGGACAGCCGCACAGAUCCUUUCACCAAACCCUUAAACGACACUAAAACACUCCCCCCACCUUCAUCUUCCUCACGCAAAGACAGAGAGAGAAAAAGAGACCGCAGCGUCCCGCCUCCAGACUCGCCCGACGACCCGUUUGCCAUCACCAUGAUCGGCAGCCCGACGCACCAGUCGGCUCUAGCCGCUGCUCAGGCGGCUGGAGGAGCCAAUAGGACGGCGGCGAUCAGCCCUAACCCCGCCCCCAGUCCCGCUCAGCCGAAGAAGGAGCUGGUGCACUGGAGCUCGGUUCAUAACCCGUUCAGUGAAGGAGCGCAGACCAACACUGUCGCCGCAGCAACGGUGCAGGAGUCCAGCAGGAAACAGAGCAGGAGCUGUGAGGAGCCGCGGAGGAACGGACCCCCGCUCACACGACACUCCGGACCACAAGAGGACCUCUGCUUCUCCACUGAUAAAGACCAGAACUGCCUCGACAUCAACACACACACUGGCUCUCAGCGUGGUUUCCGGCAGGACAGUACUGAGCUGCUGGUUUUGGCUCCUCCUCAGCCCACUCGGUCUAAGCGUUCCUCAGCCAGGCUGAGUGGCUGUGAGCGGUCCAGGUCCCUGUGUUCGUCUCCUCUGCCUGAGCCCAGCCCUCCCCCAACAUCCUCCUCCUCCUCCAGCCCCAGUGAUUGGGGCGGCCAGACCCGCGCCCAGAGUCCUGCACGAGGUUUGUCCCGAGGGCCGAGUCCCAUCUCUCUCAGCACUCAGGAGUCGUGGCCUGUAGCCGCAGCAAUCACAGAAUACAUUAACGCUUACUUUAAAGGAGGAGAACACAACCGCUGUCUGGUGAAGAUCACCGGUGACCUCACCAUGUCAUUUCCUGCUGGAAUCAGUCGUAUAUUCACUGCCAACCCAAAUGCACCUGUGCUCAGCUUUCGACUGGUGAACAUCUCUCGGGUGGAUCACUUCUUACCCAAUCAAAAGCUACUCUUCAGUGACCCGUCCCAGAACGACCCUGAUUCCAGAGACUUCUGGUUCAACAUGCAGGCCUUGACAUUUCACCUUCAGAGAGAGGCGGAGCUUAACCCACAGGCGUCCUAUUAUAAUGUGGGCUUGCUGAAGUACCAGGUGUCGUCGCAGGACCCCGCUCGGGCUCCUCUGCUGCUGUCGGCCGAGUGCCAGCGCAGCGGGACGGUCACUCGCGUUUCCCUCGACUACCACUGUUGCCCGGCAACCGCCCCCGCCACCCAGCUCACAGCCGUGCAGGUGCUGCUGCCGCUGGACCAUACAGCCACUGACCUGCAGUGCCAACCACCCGCAUCAUGGAAUGCUGAGGAGAGGAGACUGCUAUGGAAACUGCCGAACCUCUCCCCAACCAACCACAGCAAAGGUUCGGGCACGCUGUGUGCCAGCUGGCAGUGCCUGGAGGUUCCCCGCGGCCCCCCUCCCAGCCUGGCCGUGCAGUUCGUGGGUUCGGGAGCGUCCCUCUCGGGGAUGGACGUUGAGCUGGUGGGCAGCCGUUACAGAAUGUCCCUGGUGAAGAAGAGGUUCGCCACAGGGAAGUACAUGGCCGGCUGCUCGUUGUGAGAGAUCGCGCCUGGUUAUUUAACCGAGGCACAGAGUUUGCACUUUUAUCAGACUUGGCCAGGUCCUGCCAUCGGGGACCGGACGGACAGCUGGAGUGACGUGCCUGGGACCUGGACUUUACCCAUGUUGCAUUGCUGUGAGGAAUAGACACUGGAAAUCCAAUUGGCUGUGCUGUCCUUGCUGCUGAUAAGGACCAAUAUAAUAGUGGCGUAUUAGACCUGGCCUUGUUUUAAUCUUUCAGCGCUUCGCUGUACAAACGGCUCACUAUACAUGCCUGUCCUCUCCCCUCUGAGUGCUCUUUUAUUUGUACUGUCUGUUCGUUCGUUCUUGUGUGCAAUGCGUACUGUGUACCUUUGCCAGCUCGAUUUGGAAACUGGAUGUAAGAUUUUUCU